GUUUCUGUUUCCUUUCGUUUCGACACCUUAAAUAUCUUUUGCGAACAUGUCGUUCCUGGGCAACACAUCCGAUCUGGAGUGCGAAAAGAACGAGUUCCCGAGGCAGCGCUCCACGGGCAUCGUCACCAAGGUGGCGGCCCACAAGCUAUCCGCGGAGCCCAAGUGGACCGACAAGCGGGAGGAUGACUCCGACUCGGAGGUCUCGUCGCCGGAUAACUUUCUGACCAAAGGCGCCUUCCUACUGACCCCAUCCUACGAGCUGUCCAUGGAGCGGGCGGCCCUCAUCUGCGAGAAGAUGGCCUUCAAGGGAUGCUUCAGCUUGACGAAAACCGCUACAGGCAUUCUGUUUAAAUUCUCACACCCAGAUGACUAUCAGGCGGUGUUCAAGAAGGGCUUCCACAAGGUCACCGGGGCGCGUUUCUACCGCAAGGUGAGCCCACCCACCCACACCCACAUCUCCAGUGAUUGGAAGGGCAUUAUGGGGCACAAGAUAGCCAUUCCCUGUCGCCCAAGGAAGACCUUCACCCUGUACGUGCUCGAUGUGCCGGAGGAUUUGCCCGUGGAGGACAUACGGCAUGCCAUGUACAAGUUCGAUUCGGUGGUGGAGGUGGUGCGCCUGCACAUCUACUCGAGCCUCGCCAGCAACGCCGCCAACGCCUCCUCCUCCUCCGUCGCCGCCGGCUCCUCCUCCGCCGGCGGGGACAAGGGCGUCGAAGGUGAGCAGAUCCAGCUGCUGCACACGCCCACCCAGACUCUGCGCCGAGCGGCCCUUCGAAGCACCUCGAAGAGCGUGGGUUCCGUGGUGGGCGAUGCCAUCGAGAAGGCUGAGCGUCCCGAGCGCCGGGAACUGCCCCCCGCCGUCAUCCGGAUCACUUUGGCCUCCAUGGACGAGUACAACAUCCUGUUGCAGAACGGACUCAACUUCUACGAUGCCACGUUCUUUCCCACUGAGGCCAACAUCUCGCUAAAGGGCGCCAAGAUUGACUAUAAGCGCAGAAUGCUCGAUGGUUCGAUUCCCGGACGGGUGAGGGAACUGCUGCCCGUUUUCGAUGCGGCUGGCUUCUGCAAGCUGCCACCGCCCACCAGCAAGCUAAUUAAGCCGCCGAGGUCGUAGAUUCGAUGUCUCGAUACGAUGCCAUAUGAUACGAUACGAUACGAAAUGAACGGGCCCCCUUGACGACCAACACACUCCGGAUUCGGUUCUACCCAUUUUAUCUUACCCUACUUCGCUGUAUACUAUUACACAUAAUGCUGUUUUCAACGGAUGCCAACGUUUCCGCUCGAUCCGCCG